GUCAGGCUCACGCUCACGUGAGCCAUGGCGACCAUGGAGCAGUAUAAGCAAACCCGGCCCCUCGCCUUUCCGUGGAGGUGACGGCGACCACGGCGGCGAUGGAGAGGAACGGCGGCGACCGCGACGUGGUCGUGGUCGUGGCCGGGUCCGGCGUGACGGCGGCGGCGGAGGAGGAGGAGCCGCACGUCGAGCGGCUGCCGGCGGACCUCCUCGCCCACGUGCUCUCCCUCCUCCCCUCCUUCCACGACCUCGCCAUGGCGGGGGGAGUGAGCCGGCGGUGGCGCCGGGCGGUGGAGCGGUCGCUGGCGGGGCGGCGGCGGAUGAGCUUCGCGGGGCAGCGCACCGGCGACGACUCCACCGCGCGCUUCGUCCGCGCCGCCGUCAACCUCCGCGACCUCGACAUUUCACGAAGCUGUUGGGGCUGCCAGAUCACCGAUCAAGGAUUGAUCAGGAUUUCCACCGCCGAGUGCGUCAAGAACCUGACCUCAAUAUCUCUCUGGGGAUUGGCUGGGAUCACCGAUAAUGGCGUCAUCCAGCUGGUUUCAAGAGCCCAUUCUUUGCAGCACCUGAAUAUUGGUGGAACUUUUAUCACAGACGAAUCGCUGUAUGCAGUUGCAAAGAAUUGUAUAAAUCUGAAGAGCAUCAUAGUGUGGAGCUGCCGCCACGUGACGGAGGCCGGCCUGGUGGCGCUCGUCGGCGGCUGCCGGAAGCUGGAGUCCAUCAACGUCGGCGGCAUGAGGGUGCCGCCGGAGAGCUUCGCCGGCCUGCUCGCCAUCAGCCCGGCGCUGCAGAUCAGGUCCAUCACCCAGGUCCUCAAUGCCAGCGUGCAGGUCUCCUGAAGCUGAAGUGACAUCAACCAUAGCAGCGACCUGCCAAUUGCCCAUCCACUUCAUAAAGGUAAAAUGGGAAAUGAUUCCUGAAUGAUUCACUCCUGGAAUCGAAUAAGAUUCAUGAAAGGGACUCGUGCUGUUCUUGAUUCUUGCGUUGCGUUGAUUUGUUUUAUUUUUCUCGAGACCCUUCUCUGUGUGUGUGCGCGCUGAUGUGUUGACGUGUUGUGUACAUUUCACCUGUACAUUUUAAUACACAGAAAUACAGAAUAAA